AUGAGCUCCACGGCAUCUGCCCAAAACACCCAAUUCACUGUACCAGCAUCGGCAGACGAAGGUGUAAACAUCCUUCCAACCAUUCAAGACCCAAACGCAAAACAGGCCCAACUGCUCUGUCCCGGCUAUACGGCUAGCGAUGUGAAGCACACCGUGAACGGUUUCACGGCCAUGCUGAACUUGGCUGGCGAAGCUUGCAACGUCUAUGGGACUGACGUGGAAACGCUGUCCUUCGAGUUGGAUGUGCAAACCGCACACCGCAUGCGUAUUUCCAUUCAGCCUGCAUAUAUCGACAACAGUAACCGCAGUCAUUACAUCUUGGACCCGGACUUCGUUCCUUUGCCGCAGGAUGGGAUCCCAGAGAGCGAUGCCCAGAGCAUCGACCUUCAAUUCAGUUGGACAAAUCAGCCUUCCUUUGCCUUCACAGUUUUGAGAAAGUCCACUGGAGAUGUCCUCUUUGACACCACUGGCAGCGUUCUGGUGUACGAAAAUCAAUACAUCGAAUUUGUCUCUCAAAUGCCGCAAGACUACAACAUGUACGGCAUGGGAGAGCGAAUCCACGAUUUCAGACUUGGCAACAACUUCACGGCCACCUUCUACGCUGCUGAUGUUGGUGAUCCGAUCGACCAGAAUAUCUACGGUGUUCAUCCUUUCUACCUCGAUACCCGAUACUUCGAAGUCAAUAAUCAGUCCGGAGAGCACACGAUGGUGGCUGCGGAGAACGCAACCUCAGGUGGCGACUAUGUCGGCUACAGCCACGGUGUCUUUCUACGCAACGCCCACGGAAUGGAAGCUUUGAUGUUGCCGUCGAACUUGACCUGGAGGACUCUUGGAGGAACCAUAGAUCUCUACAUUUUCGACGGCCCAACGCCGGAAGCUGUCACGAAGCAGUAUCAACUUGGCGCUAUCGGUCUCCCUGCCAUGCAGCAGUACUGGGCUUUUGGCUUCCAUCAGUGUCGCUGGGGAUACCACAACUGGUCGGAGACGGAGGCGGUCGUCAAUGCCUACCGCGACUUCAAUAUCCCCCUCGAAACCAUCGCAAAACUUGAAGUCGUGAAUUUUGCUGACCCCUUCCCAGGGGAUUUUACGAAUGAUCAAAACACGUUCCCCUACGAAGAAGGAAAGGAGUUUCUGGAUCGCCUCCAUUCAAGGAAUCAGCACUACAUCCCCAUUGUAGAUAGUGCCAUCUAUAUACCGAACCCGGACAAUGCCAGCGAUGCCUACUCGGUUUAUACGGACGGCAACGAUCGUGGCGUCUUCCUUAGCAACCCGGACGCCAGCCAAUAUAUUGGCUCAGUGUGGCCGGGCUACACUGUUUUCCCAGACUGGCACGCCAACGAGUCUGUGGCUUGGUGGACUGACUCCAUGAAAGCACACUAUGCGAACAUUCCUUGGGACGGUAUCUGGAUCGAUAUGAGCGAGGUCUCAUCCUUCUGUGUCGGAAGCUGUGGCACCGGCAAUCUGUCCCUCAAUCCGGUACACCCACCCUUCGGUCUCCCUGGCGAAGAGGGUAGCAAAAUCUUCAGCUAUCCCGAAGGCUUCAAUCUGACGAACGCCACCGAGGCCGCUGUGGCGUCUUCGCUUUCUGCAUCGCAGUCAUCCGCCAAUGCUGGGCCAACAUCGGCAUCCUCAACCACUAUGUCCUACUUUACGCCACCGGCCGUCACGCCAGGUGUACGGAACGUUAACUACCCGCCAUAUUCGAUCAACAACGUUCAGGGAGAUCUCGCAGUUCAUGCUGUGAGCCCGAAUGCCACUCAUGCGGAUGGUGUCGAGGAGUACGAUGUUCACAAUCUGUUCGGUCACCAAAUCUUGAACGCUACCUACCAGGCUCUACUGGAAGUGUUCCCGAAUAAGCGGCCUAUGAUCAUUGGCCGUAGCACCUUUGCUGGAAGCGGAAAAUGGGCUGGGCAUUGGGGCGGUGACAAUACUUCCCUUUGGGCUUACAUGUACUUCAGCAUCUCGCAGGCAUUGAACUUUGCCCUGUUCGGCAUUCCCAUGUUCGGCGUUGAUACUUGCGGGUUUAACGGUAACUCGGACGAGGAGCUGUGCAACAGAUGGAUGCAGCUCAGCGCUUUCUUCCCCUUCUACCGCAACCACAACACUCUCUCUGCAAACUCACAAGAGGCAUACACCUGGGAGUCUGUCGCCGAUGCAUCCCGCAAGGCAAUGGCGAUCCGAUAUAGUCUUCUCCCAUACAUGUACACCCUUUUCUACAACGCCCACACCACUGGCAGCACCGUCAUGCGUGCAUUGUCCUGGGAGUUUCCCAACGAUCCGAGUCUUGCCGCGACCGACCAGCAAUUCCUCCUCGGACCUGCUCUUCUCAUCACUCCUGUCCUUGGACAAGGCCAGACGAGCGUCCAGGGCGUAUUUCCGGGUGUCGCUCAAGGAGAAGUCUGGUACGAUUGGUACACACAGGAAGCCAUGUCCGCUCAGCCUGGCGAGAACGUCACCAUCCCCGCUCCACUGAGCCACAUUCCGGUGUUCGUUCGCGGUGGCUACGUCUUGCCACGCCAGGAAGCACUCUACACCACCGCAGAAUGCAGGAACAGUUCUUGGAGCCUGCUUGCCGCUCUGGACAAGAACGGCGCCGCUUCCGGCCAGCUGUACGUCGAUGAUGGCGAGAGCUUGGUGCAGAACUCGACGCUCUUGGUCGACUUCACGGCUUCGAAUGGAACGUUGUAUGCUUCCUCACGCGGUCUGUAUGAGGACAAGAACUCGUUGGCCAAUGUUACUGUUCUGGGGGUACAGUCGCAGCCGAGUGCGGUCACAUUGAAUGGGCAGAAUGUUGCGUCGGGAGUGGCAUACAACAGCACGAGCAAGGUUUUGGCUGUGACUGGACUGCGGAAUUUGACCAGUGAGGGUGCUUGGGCGAGUGAUUGGACUUUGACGUGGAAUUGA